AUGCUCUCGUUUCCGACGCCUUCAGUCUACCAGUCGUCGAAAUGCUUCGUCACCUACGGGGUAAUGGGCCAUCUUGACCCUAAUCAGCCACCAACCAAAAGCAAGCCAUGGUCAACAGUUGCAGGCCAGGACUUCAUUAACAGGGUCGAACUCAUCAUACCUCAAGAUGCCUUUGAAGUUGUGCGGAAAAUUCUGAAUGAAAAGGCAGCACCUGAGUUUCAGCGAGUGGUCAUGUCCUUGCACGACGUCUUAUCUGGUGACUUCUUUACUGAAUGCAUCAAGAAGGGGAAUGUUAUGAUGCUGUCGGAAGGGAGGAAAGGGAUCGACAACGUUUUUACAUUCAGAAAUGGUAUCUUGACAAUGUUAUUGGACAAGGAAGCAUAUGAAAGAGCAGGUCUUGUUGGCAAGCCUGACGGAGUGAAAGGAAAGCGUGGUCUGAAGCCCCGGUGGGUCGUUGAAAUCGACCUCACGAGUUCGUCGAUGGUGCCAGGCAAGAAAGGAUUCGACAGACUGAUCUAUGCGAGCAAAAACGCUUUCAAUACACCAGUCACUUGGCUAUUCUGCAACCUUUCUUCCACCAUCCCCAAUCCAGAUCCCCUCGCGCCACAUUCUCCGACCAGGUGUGCAGCAGAGCCCAGUGUCCUGGAAAACCUCGACGCCAUGCUGCCGACCCUGAAGCCUCCGGUUGACGCAAUCGGACCAGAGGGGAGAGAGGAACUCCAAUAUUUCUCUACCGAGCUCUAUGAGUGGCUAUCACUGGUUCGACUGCAGAGCCCCCGAAUUCAGGUGGGCGACCAGGUUGAUCCGUAUCUUUGCCGAUAUCAGGUGCCUGGCGAUGGCCAGCAAGGCAAAAUCUGCAAGCUUACUUGGCAGGGCUUUCUUGCUCCGUCCUGGUGUCGGGAGAUUCUCCUCAGUCUCGUUGCUGAGCUCCCGUCAAAAACUUGGUUCUCGUUCAGCACGACGACCUUCUCCAAGGGCAUGGCUGGGGAUAACUCUGAGAUUUCGCUCUUUCGGGCCCAAGGAGCGCCGGGGGAAUAUUUAAUGUGGGAGAUUAAGAGCCAUGAGUGA